CCUGGGGGCGUCCUGCAAGCGGUGGAAGAUGCCGGCGCUUCUGGGUUUGGUGCAAUCGCGCUCCUACUACUCCUACUACUACUGCUGCUACUGCUGCUGGAUUCUGCUGCUUUUGCCUCCGCCGUUUUGGCUCAGCCUGGCGGCGGCUAAACAAGUGCUGAGAUACCGCUUGGCGGAGGAAGGGCCGGCCGAUAUUCGGAUCGGGAACGUGGCUUCGGACCUGGGCAUCGUCACCGGCUCGGGCGAGGUGACGUUCAGCUUGGAAUCGGGCUCGGAGUAUUUGAAAAUCGACAACAUGACGGGCCAGCUGAGCACCACGGAGCGGCGCAUCGACCGCGAGAAGCUGCCGCAGUGUCAAAUGAUCUUCGACGAGAACGAGUGCUUUCUGGACUUCGAGGUGUCGGUCAUCGGGCCCUCGCAGAGCUGGGUCGACCUCUUCGAAGGCCGGGUCGUCAUCCUGGACAUCAACGACAACACGCCGACGUUCCCAUCCCCGGUGCUGACCCUCACCGUCGAGGAGAACCGCCCGGUGGGGACCCUCUACCUGCUCCCCACCGCCACCGACCGCGACUUCGGGCGCAACGGCAUCGACCGCUACGAACUGCUGCAGGAGCCCGGGGGGGAGGCCGGCAGGCGCGGCGCGGGGGCCACGGUGGCAGCUGCAGCCGCCUCCGCCGCUGCUUCCGACGGGGCCCUGUAUCCCGGUGGCAAGAGGAGGCAGGAGCCCGACGGCCCGGCUCGGAGCAGCGUCUUCGAGCUGCAGGUGGCCGACACCCCCGACGGGGAGAAGCAGCCCCAGCUGAUCGUCAAAGGGGCUCUGGAUCGCGAGCAGAGGGACUCCUACGAGCUGAGCCUGCGGGUGCGGGACGGCGGGGAGCCGGCGCGCUCCUCGCAGGCCAUCCUCCGCGUCCUGAUCACCGACGUGAACGACAACAGCCCCCGCUUCGAGAAGAGCGUCUACGAGGCGGAUCUGGCCGAGAACAGCAGCCCGGGCACGCCGAUCCUGCAGCUGCGGGCCGCCGACUCCGACGCCGGGGUGAACGGGCAGAUCGAGUACGUCUUCGGGGCGGCCACCGAGUCGGUCAGGCGCCUGCUCCGCCUGGACGAGUCGUCGGGCUGGCUCAGCGUCCUGCACCGCAUCGACCGCGAGGAGGUGAGCCAGCUGCGCUUCACCGUCCUGGCCCGCGACCGCGGCCAGCCGCCCAAGAACGACAAGGCCACGGUGGCGCUGACCAUCCGCGACGAGAACGACAACGUGCCCACCAUCGACAUCCGUAAGAUCGGGCGCAUCCCGCUCCGCGACGGGGUGGCCAGCGUGGCCGAAGACGUGCUGGUGGACACCCCCAUCGCCCUGGUGCAGGUCUCGGACCGCGACGAAGGGGAGAACGGCGUGGUGACCUGCACCGUGGUGGGCGACGUGCCCUUCCAGCUCAAGCCGGCCAGCGAGGGGGAGGGCGAGGCGCAGAACAAGCGCAAGUACUUCCUCCACACCUCGGCCCCGUUGGACUACGAGGCCUUGCGGGAUUACAACGUGGUCAUCGUGGCCGUCGACUCCGGCAGCCCCAGCCUGUCCAGCAACAACUCGCUGCUGGUCCGGGUGGCCGACACCAACGACAACCCGCCCGUCUUCAGCCAGCCCGUCCUGGAGGUGCCCUUUCCGGAGAACAACGCCCCGGGCGAGCGGGUGGCCACCGUGCUGGCUACCGACGCGGACAGCGGCAAGAACGCCGAGCUGGCUUACUCUCUGGAGCCCUCGCCUUUGGCGGCCGAGACGCCCUUGGGGCUAUUCACCAUCGACCCGGAUUCGGGCGACUUGCGGGUCCAGGCGGUGCUGGAUCGCGAGCAGCGGGACACUUACGAGUUCCAAGUCACGGCCCGGGACAAGGGGGUGCCUUCUUUGCAGGGCUCGGCCCUGGUGGUGGUGCGGGUGGCCGACCGCAACGACAACGAGCCCCGCUUCAUGCAGGACGUCUUCACCUUCUACGUCAAGGAGAACCUGCAACCCAACAGCCCGGUGGGCAUGGUGACGGUGAUGGAUGCCGACCAAGGGCGCAACGCUCAGCUCAGCUUGGCCAUCCAGCCCGGGGGCGCGCAAGAAGCGGGCCAGGGCACCCCCUCGGACCCGAGCAUCUUCUCCAUCGAGAACGACACGGGCACCAUCUACUCCACCGUCUCCUUCGACCGGGAGUUGCAAACCAGCUACACCUUCCGCGUCAAGGCGGUGGACGGAGGCGAGCCGGCUCUCUCGGCCACGGCCACCGUCUCGCUCUUCGUCAUGGACGAGAACGACAACGCGCCGGCCGUCACCUCGCCCGCCAACAGCUCCUACACCGUCCUGCCUCCUUCCAGCAGCCCGCGCUCCGUGGUGGCGGCCGUGCAAGCCCGAGACGCCGACGCGGGCCAGAACGCCGAGCUCAGCUACAGUUUGGUGGGCGGCAACCCCUUCAAACUCUUCGAGAUCGACCCGGCCAGCGGGGUGGUCUCGCUGGUGGCCAAGCUGGCCCCCAAGCACUACGGCUUGCACCGCCUGGUGGUGCAGGUCAACGACAGCGGCCAGCCGCCUCAAGCCACCACGGCUCUGCUCCACGUCUUCGUCAACGAGAGCUUGGCCAACGCCAGCGCGGUGGAGAGCCAAGUGGCCCGCAGCUUGCACACGCCCCUGGGCCGGGACAUCGCGGGCGACCCCAGCUACGAGCUGAGCAAGCAGCGGCUGAGCAUCGUGGUGGGCGUGGUGGCCGGCGUGAUGGCCGUGCUGCUGCUGAUCCUGGUGGUGGUCCUGGCUCGCUACUGCCGCUCCAAGGGCAAGCACGGCGGCUACGAGGCGGGCAAGAAGGACCAGGCGGACUUCUUCACCCCGCAGCCCCACGACAAAGCCAAGAAGCCCAAGAAGGACCGCAAGGGCAAGAAAGGGGGAGGGGGCAAGCAGCCCCUCUACAGCAGCAUCGUCACCGUCGAGGCUUCCAAGCCCAACGGGCAGCGCUACGACAGCGUGCACGAGAAACUGUCGGCCGCCGGCAGCCCGGCUUUAAGCCGCUACCGCUCCGUCAACGGAGGGCCCGGCAGUCCGGAUUUGGCCCGGCAUUAUAAAUCCAGCUCGCCUUUGCCCACCGUCCAGCUUCACCCCCAGUCGCCCACCGCCGGGAAAAAGCACCAGGCGGUGCAGGACCUGCCGCCGGCCAACACCUUCGUGGGGGCGGGGGACAACAUCUCCAUCGGGUCGGACCACUGCUCCGAGUACAGCUGUCAGGCCAGUAGCAAGUACAGCAAGCAGGAUGAUAACUCUACAUUUUUAAGGACUAAAUAAAAUACAAAAACACACAUACAGCCCGUGCACAGCAGCCUAACAAAAAAAAGGAGAUGAAAUUCAGUAGACUUAUAAUUUAAACAAACCUGUUCUGUUUUUAAAGUUGUCAUUCUUGAACUUGAAUUCCUUGCAGUUUUAUAAAUGUGCAAAUCAAAGCUAAUGGAGCAUUAUUGAAUUGAAGGGUGCAGAACAGUGAAUCUCUCCUUUAAAAAAGAAACAACAAAUAAUAUUUUUUGGGGUGAUAGGUAUAGGUUAGCCAAACCCUGCUCACAUCCCGGUAAGCAGACAUAUAUUUUUGUAUUUUUUAUAGGUGGGAACACUGCAGACCUCACAAUCCCCCGGCCACAUUGAGGAAUCGUGUAAAAUGAAUGUAUGCGCUCGUAAGUGAAAUAUUCAUGAACGAAUUUCCAACUCUUAGCCUAUGUUGGAUCGUAAAAAAAAAAAGACAUGACCUCUGAUCAACAAUGUCCUUUAUGGAAAUCAAUACCCAAAAGGCAGGGUCCCUGCAAAAACUGAAAACACAUUCAAAGCAAGAGCUUUUUAUUUUUCCAAAAAAGAUUUCUUCUUCUUCUUUUUAAGAAUAUAUAUAUAAAUAUAUAUGUUUGUGUGCAAAGAAGUUGUUACUACUAUGACGGUGGCAUUUCUUUCAGAAGAAUGAAAGAUCUGAUUUAAGAGAAUUGAAGGGAUGUGAGAAAGGUUUUGUCCAAGAAAAAAGGGGUCAGCCGUGGAUGGACACCCUUCAAAGUCACAUUUCACCCUCCAUAGAACUAAAAAUUGGAGAAAUUGGAGCUUGAUCUCCCCUCUUCAAUCUGCUUGAGAAGACUGGAACAUUGACAGACUAUUUCCCUUCGAGAUUUAAUUAGCAAAAUCAAUGUCUUUUAUUUAUUGGAAGAAUUGGAGAAUGGUGGUGAUGUCAAAAUGCUUGGAGUCAAAAAAAUAAAUAAAUAAGUAUGCCACAUAGGCAUAAAGUUUAUUCAUAUUAUUAUUAUUGUAAAGGAAAGCUCUAAGCGUUUGCUAGAUCAACAAAGAACAUAGUGUCUAUACCUCAGGACUGAAAACCCAGCAUUUAUAAUUAUGGAUGGAAAAAAAAAUAUGGAUUGGCCCUGUCAGUUUGCUGAAUUGUUGCAUGAAAAAAAAAAAGGGAACGAGUGAACUUUUUGGCAGUCAAAACGUAAAUUGUCUGGCCAGGAAGCUGGAAUAUCUACCAUAAUAUAUGUAUUUAAAAAUAUGUUAUUGUUAAGCCUUGACUUAUUUAUAACAUUAGGAAUAUUAUUGGGAUUGGAUUAAAAGAACACCUUCCCUUGUUGAAAGUAUUUUUCUAAAAGAUACAAGCCCUUUAUGUGUUUAGAUCCACUUAAACUUAAUAGGUUAUAAUUGUUUGUGUGUGUGUGUGUAAAUGCACUCUCUCACACACACACAUAUGCACAUGCAUUUAUAGAAAAGUUGAAUGCAUUAAAACAAUCAAGUUGAAUGCAUUUAAAAAAAAAAAAGGUUUGAAGCCAGGUCAAAGAUGCAAAAUGGAAGAUGAAAGAACGAACGGAAUGUGGGUUGCGCUAAGCCAUGCCUACAUGAGUGAAAUAAUACCCCAAAUUUGGCAAAAGCAACUUUUUUUUCCUUCUCCCACAUCAAAGGCUUGCCAUACUUUGAUUUUUAUGAUCCUUUUUUCCUUUCUGCAAGUUUGCCUAAUGCUCCAGAAAGAUGGUACAGAAGUUCUGGAGAACUUCUACCAGCUUCAUUCUGUUGUCUCCCUCAUGAGAUCCAGAUUAAUGUUCUGCAGUAUGAUGGAGAGAAGCUGUUUUCUCUUCCUUUUCCCUCCUUCUCCUGUACAUCAUUAAUCAAAUGUCUCUGAAUUAUCCUGUGAUCACCCAAGAAUAGGCUUAUCGUGUUCUCAAAAUUGGAACUUUCUCAUGCAAAAGCCUGCAGCAUUUUGGAAAAUAGCCAGUAUUUCUUCCUUAAGCCAAUAUAGAACCAUAGAGUAUAAAGCUGGAUUUUCCCCCUUUUCUUUUGUUGAAGUGUCCUCUGUGACCAACUUGGAUUUGGUCACUUGUAGAAUCGUGGGAAAAUACCUAUAUAUCCUAAGAAAGUGGGAGGGAAAAUAAUUGUAUUAUCAGCCAAUCAGCUCCUUCAAAAGUUUUCAUCCUCAAUUAAUGACAAUGCAUUUUGAUUGCCUGCUUGGACAGCAUGUCAUCAUUUUAAGAAGCUAUUAUUUUGAUACAGCAGGGAUUAUGCUUUUUUCUAAAAAAAAAUCACUUUCUCUAAUGAGGAAAAAAUAAUAAUCAACAUCAACACAAGAUACUAGGGGAAUUCUAUUUGUUAUAACACCUUUAAGGGUAUUUUUUCUAAAUGUUUGUUUGUUUUCAAGUUUCUGCCAUACACUGUAAAUUUCCCUAUUUAAAUAGGUGCUUUGUAUCUGUUAUAUUUAUACGCAAAGAUUAUUUUGCAUUCAUUUAUACCGUGUACACUUAAACAAUCACUUGACUUCACAGUAUGCCUUUCUUAAUGCACAAAAUUCAGUGUUAAAAUGGUGCUUCAGUCCUUAAUUGAAGGCAAGCACUUUCUUCCUGCUGAUUCCAACCUGGAGUCAAAGGACACAAUUGUGAAAAUACUUAAUGUUUGCUUGAUCAUAUCAUUCUGAUUUAAUGGUUAUGCGUUUAUUUUUUUCCCCUUUUUGUAUUCAAUCACACAAACUUUAUUUAAAACAGGAUGAAACAGGUGAUCUGUCCACUGUUGGUGAUCAUUCUCAGGUGUGGAAGCUACAUGAUAUAGGAGAGAUUAUAAUCUCCCUAUUGUAUUAAGAUUGUAUUAGCAAAUGACAAAGUCUGUAUACUUCUGUUGCAUUUUUUUUCUGUUGACAAAAUCAAUAAGUAACAUUAAACGUUUUAAACAUCAAUUUCUCCCUUUUGAUUAUUAUUAUUAUUAUUUUAUUUUGAGUUGUUUCAGAGUUUUCUGCUCAUAUUUCCUUUCCCCUUUUACCUUGAAAAAGUUUUCAGACUGCAUCAGUAUGGUAAGACACGAAGGGCCUUCGAUAUUGCUUACUAAAACCAGCCCAUUUUACAUUUAUCUAAUUCAAGAGAAAAUAAUUGAGGUGAAGAGAGAGGAAAAGCAAGAGGCAGUGCACGCAAACAGGCCUUGGUUUUCAUAUAUUACCAUUUUGUCGGCUAGCAGAAGCUCUUUUGAGGUCAUCCCAUAAUAGAGUUCACCGAAAGAAUGUGAAUUAAUUUUGAAAAAAAAAAAAA